CAUACGUGGCUACAUCCAUAUAUCGAUUCUUUGCUAUAAGGGUUAGUGGUGGAAAACUGUCCACUGUCCAGGUCUGAUACAUCCUCAUUUCUAUCACUUAACGACCAGAGUCUAAGCCAUUCGCAUCACUCAGUUUUAAUCGAUUCAUUUAUUUUCUCCAGCACGGCGAUGCUCGUACUGUUUUUCUUUAAUUAAGGUAUAAUAAAAUAUUCAUACGAUGAAACAUCAGCAGGUAACAGUGGAUUUUCUAAGCAUGGUCUUUUCCGCUGCUACUUAUUUAGCAUUAGCGGGGGCGGCUUGGAUUUUUUUACGUCUUCUUCAAGCAUGCUUUUGGUUACCACGUCAUCUUAAACGGCAAAAUAAUCUGCAAGACAUGUUACAAGAAAAAGUGAAUAGUUAUGAGAAAUACAUAUUGGAAUGUGAAGAAAAAGAAAAAGCUGCUGCGGCUGCUGGUGAAAGUGGUGAGGGUGCGAUAGAAGACAAAGAUUCGAAUGAAGAUAGUGAAGCGAAACCUCUUAUAAUAGAUGAGAAGAAAUGGAAAGAGCGUAGAGAAUGCUUAGAUAUGUUGAAGAAAGAAUUGAAGAGAGUUAGUGAUGGUGGAGAUCCUUAUGACUGGGAACAUCUUCUUGAAGAAGAGGAUGAGGAGGGUGCUAAUGAAGACAAAAAAGAUGAGAAGAAGAAUGAUGGAGAUAAUGAAGAUCUGGAUAGCGAAAAAUUAGAUGAUGUACCUGAAAAAGGCCUUGAAGAAAAGAAAGAGCAGUGAAGUGUUACUGACUUAGUUUUCUUUGCACCAUUUCAGGGUCGUUUUGAAAAUUUUCACGUGACCUUUUUCAUGAAUUCCUUAAUUAUUAUUGUACUUUAAUGAACUUUUUUUUAUUUAUAACAUAUAUUAUAGUCAAUAUUAAUGUUAAGAAACAAUAAUAUGUAUAUUUAAAUAUUAAAUUUAUGAUAAUGUUCAAUCUUGACUAAUAAGUGCCUUCAUUUAUGGAUUUUAGCACAUCGUGUGAUAUUUUUCUAAUAAAAUAUUUUAAUAUUAAUAAUUGACGCUGAAUUGACAAUUGAUGUGUGAUUUUUGAAGUGAAUAAAAAUUGUUAUUUUUCAUUUAAA